CCUCCCCGCCAUCUCCUCACCAGCAAUUCUAUCUUCCCAUCCAUCUCGCGGCUCUUGCCAUGGCGGAUCGGCCGGGAAGCUCGUUGCUGGCCGUUCCUCGUCCGGCCCGGCCCCGGAGCGGCCAAGCGUCCUACUCGCCCCGCCGGCGCGUCCAGCCAUCCAACGCGCAGCUCCUCGUCUACCUCGCCCUCGCGGUCACGCUGGCCGCCCUCCUGGUCCUCACCGGCGUCACGCUCACCGUCGCGUCAGUCGUGCUCGUCGUCCUCGCCCCGCUCCUGCUCCUCACCAGCCCUCUCUGGGCGCCGGUGGCGGUCGUGGCCAUCGUCUCGGGGGGCGCCUUGCUGUUCGGCUGUAGCCUCACGGUGUUUGCGCUGGGCGCGGGCACGUGGGCGCACCGGCACUUGACGGGGCGGCACCCGGUGGGCACGCAUCGGGUGGGCUACGCCUACGGCUACGCGCGUGGGCGUGGCCGGUUCGCCGGCGCGGGUGGCCACGCGACGGGCUACCACGGCCAAGGACAAGGCUACGAUCGGAUGAAGGACGCCGUGCCCGGGGCCUAGCUGGCGGCGAACAAGCCUCAGCUUGCCGCGCAUUCCGUUUAGUUUGGAUACGUUUUACACACUGUAUUUUAGUUGGAACUGGUUCGAUUUGGCGAGGUAUAUAUAUACUGUGCUGAUAAACGUUUUUGUGAGAA